CCAUAAACAGAAGGUACAUAUAUAUAUACAGCUAGCGACGAUCCCUACAGCUAAAAAAACUGGCCAGAGAGAUAAAUCAGAACAAAGCAACCUUUUGCACAUUAACGUUGUCAGACAGAACAUGGCAGAAGUCAAGCAAGAAACAGAGAAAACAUUCGCUUAUUUAGGUUUAUGUAAAGAACUAGUAGAAGCAUGUGAAAAUCUUGGAUGGAAAAAGCCAACAAAGAUACAAGAAGAAGCAAUACCUUAUGCACUUCAAGGCAAAGACUUGAUUGGUGUAGCAGCUACAGGUUCAGGCAAGAGUGGAGCUUUUGUGCUUCCAACACUGGAAGCACUUUUGAAAGAUUCACAAGAAAGAAAAUCUGUGCAACCCUUCUUUGUUUGUGUUCUUUCUCCUACAAGGGAGUUGGCAAUUCAGAUUGCUGAGCAGUUUGAAGCUUUGGGAUCUGGCAUUGGUGUGAGAUGUGUAGUGCUUGUUGGAGGAGAGGACAUGUUGCAGCAAUCUAUUGUCCUUGCAAAAAAGCGGCCACACGUUAUUGUUGGAACACCUGGUCGCCUUGCGGAUCAUUUGUCAAACACAAAAGGCUUCUCUCUUCAUGCAUUGAAAUAUUUAAUCUUGGAUGAAGCAGACAGAUUGCUGAGUAUGGAUUUUGAGAAAUCACUGGAUGAAAUUUUAAAAGCCAUUCCGAGGAAUAGAAGAACCUAUUUAUUUUCUGCCACUAUGACAAAUAAGGUGAAGAAACUCCAAAGGGCUUGUUUAAGGAAUCCUGUAAAGAUCGAAGCAGCAUUUAAAUAUUCCAUUGUUGACACACUGGAGCAGGGGUUUUACUUCAUGCCAGCUGCGCUCAAGGAUUGCUAUCUUGUACAUGUACUAUCAUCAAAGAAAGGAGCUACUUCCAUGGUUUUCACUCGGACAUGCAGAGAAACUGACUUUUUGGCUUUGGUUCUUCGAAAGCUUGGUCUAGGGGCCAUCCCCAUUAAUGGUCAAAUGAGCCAGUCAAACAGACUUGGAGCGUUAAAUAAGUUCAAAGCUGGCAAGUUCAAUAUUCUGAUAUGCACUGAUGUCGCAAGUAGAGGACUCGAUAUUCCAUCUGUGGAUGUUGUUGUUAAUUAUAAUAUCCCCACAAACACCAAGGAUUAUUUUCAUCGUGUUGGUCGAACUGCUCGUGCAGGACGAUCAGGGCUUGCAAUCUCACUUGUAAAUCAAUUCGAUAUAGGACCAUUUAAACAGAUAGAGAAGCACAUUGGAGAUGAUUUCAAGAUACCCAAGUAUACGGCAAAUGAAGAUGAAGUCUUGCUACUGGCAGAGCGUGUUACAGAAGGCAAAAGAAUUUCCAGAAAGAGCAUCAAAGAGGGUGGAGGCAACAAGAGAACAGACCGACUAGACGACGAAGAUGAGGAGGAUAUAGAGAAGUAUUUAGGCUUCAAGAACAAGAAGUUGAGUAGAAAAUGAGGCCAGCAAGCAACUCUUCUGUCUGAAUGUUUCACCAUCUGAGGAUUCUUCCUCAAGAGAUUUUUGUAGCAUAACAAACACUACUCUGAUCAUCCAGUAAGGGGAUGUGAGAUUACUAGUUUACUACUUAUUUUGGCGAAGUAAAAUUAUAGGUUUUAUGAUAUUAAUUAUUUUUCAUA